ACCAUUUUUUUUCGUUGGAGUACCGUAGCUGAGAGAUUCUCGUUUUACUCUCAGAAAAACCAAAAAAAUGUAUGUGGUCUCACUUUUUCAGUCUUCUUUCUCCUUCCACUUUACCAAAUCUACUGGUGGGGUUUCUGGGUUGUGAAAAAAAAUUGUUUUCCGAUCCAAAUUUGUUGGAAUUGUUGUACUGAGAAAUAAUGGAUAAGGAGAAAUACUCGGAGGAAUUGAAUGUGGCUGUUAGGGUAGUGCAUAUGGCUUGUGGUCUAUGUCAAAAGGUGCAAAAGGGUUUACUCUCUACCACAUUUGAUGAUGAUGAGGUUAAGUCUAAGGAUGACGAUUCUCUCGUUACUAUUGCAGAUUGGAGUGUGCAAGCAACUGUAAGCUGGAUCCUUUCAAAUACUUUUGGUAGCGAAAAUGUCUCUAUAGUAGCUGAAGAGGAUGUUCAAACUCUUUCCAAGCCUGAAUCAGCAGGUCUAUUGGAUAAAGUUGUUAGCACUGUCAAUGAAUGCUUAGCAGAAGCUUCCAGAUACGGUCUGAAAGGUCCAGAUAAAACCCUGGGGCCUUCAGAAAUUCUGGAGGCUAUUAGUUGCUGCAACUCAAAUGGGGGCCCUCUUGGCAGGCAUUGGGUUCUUGACCCGGUUGAUGGUACACUGGGGUUUGUGCGUGGAGGUCAAUAUGCUGUAGCUCUAGCCUUGAUUGAUAAUGCGGAGGUUGUAGUUGGAGUGCUAGGAUGCCCUAAUUAUCAUAUGAAGAGGGACAGGCAUAACAAGCAACAGCAAAAUCAUAUUUCAUCAGAAGUUUCAGUGCCCUCAUCUGAUGUGUUGGAAGAAGGAUGUGUGAUGUACACAAAAAAAGGUACUGGUGAAGCUUGGGUGCAGCCAAUGGUUUAUGGUGAUAGGAAAUAUGAAUGGCCAAAUUUUGCCAAGCAAGUUCGUGUUUCUCCAAUUGAUGAUCCAGCGUUGGCAACUUUCUGUGAGCCAGUUGAGAGAACCAAUUCAAACCACUCCUUUGCAGCUGGACUUGCUUCCUCUGUUGGGCUUAGAAACAAGCCCCUCCGUGUUUAUAGCAUGGUAAAAUAUGCUGCCAUAGCACAGGGAGAUGCUGAAAUUUUCAUGAAAUUUGCGAGAGCUGGUUACAAAGAGAAGAUUUGGGACCAUGCAGCUGGUGUUCUCAUUGUACAAGAGGCUGGCGGUGUGGUGACUGAUGCAGGAGGGCGUUCACUUGAUUUUUCUAAAGGGAUAUACUUGGAAAGUCUUGAUAGGGGAAUAAUUGUUUGCUCUGGCAUUAAGCUGCAUGAGAAAUUAAUUGGAGCUGUUUAUGCCAGCUGGGAGUCCUCUAGUCUAUGAAUCUCUCUUAUCUGCUAGAAGGACAGUGACGGGUUCCUAUCUAAUUGCGUGCUCCCAGGUGGUAAACAUGUGUUUCUAUUCUCAUCCAAAUUCAAAUAGGUAAUCUUCAGGUUAACUAACUUUGGCAAAUGGAGUAGUACACAAUUGCAAUUGGUUCAUGAGAUAACACGUUUGCUCUGGGAAGACAUAAAAUGGCGACUAAUUUCCCAAGAGACAUGUAUUUCCAAGGCCAAUGUCUCAUAGAAAUGUUUGCUAAAAUGGCUAAUUGAUUUCGGCGGAGCACAAAAAUCUGAUUCUACUACUGCAGAGAAGAGUUUGUCUGUCGUUCUGGGACUGUGGAGGGAGAAAACUUCAUUGCUUCAAGCCUUCAACGACCAAGUUAAAAGUACACAUAUGUUCCACUCUUCUUUCCCCUUCCUUAAAAGUUACUUAUAACAGAGAUGCAGUGGAAGACUGUUACUGGAUUCUGAUACUAAUGGUAGACAUCUCAGUUUUAAGAUCAAUUAGAAUGUCUAGUUGGGGUGGUCAUGGUACGGUAUUGAAUCGAUUUUUGAAAAUACUAUAUCAUUAUCAUGCCAAAUUAAUUUGAUAUGGUUCGCUA